AUGUCCAAGCCAACAGAGUCUGAGACUGACACCACCCCUCAAACAAGAGAGGCAGCCGCGACUCCGGACUAUGCUACUGUUGAACUGGCACCUCCCCCUGACGGCGGCUAUGGCUGGGUUUGUCUGGCUUGCUGUUUUUCAAUCAAUUGUUUCACCUGGGGCGCUGUAGCGUCUUAUGGCGUCUUUCUGUCGUAUUAUCUGACCGUCGACGCCUUUCCCGAGUCUCGCCCUCUCGACUAUGCCUUCAUCGGCAGCUUCAACUUUGGCAUUGCCAUGCUUGCAGCUCCCCUAAUCACACGCCUCGCUCGCUCAUUCGGCAUCAAACUCCCCAUGCUGGCGGGCGGGGUCAUGUUCGGAGGGGGUUUUAUUGCGGCGUCUUUCGCAACACAGAUCUGGCAUCUCUACCUCUCUCAAGGCGCUCUGGUCGGCCUGGGUGUCGGCUUCGUCUAUGUGCCCAGCAUCGCAGUCCUCUCCCAAUGGUUUGCCAGACGGCGGAGUCUUGCGAACGGGAUCAGUGCGGCCGGGUCUGGCAUUGGAGGUCUGAUGUUCUCUUUCGCGAUCGGCGCCAUGAUUGAACACCUGGGAAUCGGAUGGGCGCUGAGAAUCACCGGCAUCAUCGCGCUGCUGGCCAACCUGGUCGCUGCGGUCUUCAUCCGCGACCGCAACAGCGUCAUUCGCCCCAAACAGCACCCGUUCGACCUGGACCUGGUCUCGCGCAUCGACGUGUUGUUGCUCCUCUCCUGGGCCUUCCUCAGCAUGUUGGGCUACAUCGCCCUGCUUUACUCGCUCUCGGACUUUUCGCUCUCCAUCGGCCUGUCCCGCCAGCAGGCGACGCAGGUGACUGCAUUUCUCAACAUGGGAACCGCAUUGGGACGACCCUGCAUUGGUGUCGCGAGUGACCGUUUUGGCCGGUUCGGGGUCGCCACGAGCCUCACCCUCAUCUGCGGCCUCGCCUGCCUGGUGAUCUGGAUCCCUGCCACGUCGUUCGGGGUCACGGUGUUUUUUGGGAUCCUGAGCGGUGCAAUCCUGGGGGUUUUCUGGAUGUACCUCUCUAGACAAUCGGUCCCCUCUGCGUCGAAGUCGCUGGUCUAA